AUGUCUCACCACCACCCCGGAACCUGGGCGAGCAAGAGCGACAUCGACCCCACCAACGCCCCUUGGGCGGUCACAACUCAUCUCCUCGCCAUCAACCAUGAACAACUGCUCCGCGUUACGAGACACCCCUUCCUCGAGCGUGCUGCAAAGGGUACCCUCCCAAAACCUUUGAUCGCACAGUGGCUUGCAAACGACAGGCAGUACCUUCAAGGUUACCUCGCCACUAUCAGCAACACUCUAAACCUCAUCCGCAAUACACACAAAUCGACGACUACACCUGGUGAUGAGCCAGACAUUCCGACGCGGUUCAUCGCGUGGUUAGAGUCUGGUAUUAAGAAUGGAGAGAGGGAACUUCGAUUCUUUCAAGAAGUUGCUGAGAUCUACAAGAUCGACCUCCCUCCCUCGCCGCUACAGGAGAACGUCAAAUCGGAGGGUCUUCGUCGCUACGAAGCGCUAUUUGCUAGUGUUGCUUCCCAACAACCGAACACAUUCAUACCUUGGCUCGAAGGUGCCAUCUUGCUAUGGUCAACCGAGAAGGUAUAUUACGAAGCUUGGUCCUGGGCUCGCCGACAAGACGCCCAGUCUUCUCCUCGAAACUACGACAACGACCAAGACGGUGGUGCAAUGCGCAGAGAGUUUAUUCCCAACUGGUCAAAUCGCGAUUUUCUCAUGUUUGUUGAGCAACUUGAGCGCAUCCUCAAUGAGGGUGUAAGCGACGCCGUUGGUCGCGAUGAUGGAAGAUGGGCAGAGGUCAAGGCUAGGGCGGAUCCCAUUUGGAGAGCGCUGCUCGACGCCGAGGAGGCGUUCUGGCCAGAUGUACAUGGUAGCGAAGGCAGUCUAAUUGAGCCUGGUGUUCAACGCGGCCUCGAUGGCAAGAUGGAUGGAACCACCUUGCGCAGUACCGGACACAAUGAGAUAUUGAACAACAAUCAGGGGGUCCGCAGUGGGGAUAUUACUACUUUACAUAGUAACGAGCAUGGACAGGUAGUGAACUAA